AUGGAAGCUCCUACGGGAGGCCAGGGCCGUCGCCCAGACGAGAAUGAGUCUGCCAACGACUUCAACCAUCAUACUACCGCGCCAACCUCUAGCUCUACGGAGCAAACAGCGGCGACCAUGGAAGGAGCAGUUGAUUUCAAUGACCCUUCAUGGGUAAUGAACUCGCCACUGUAUUAUGGUGACACCCUUUAUGAAACUGAAGUCAACGACCCAUUACAGUCCAUGUUCUACCCACCUUACGUUCCGGUCGAGACCAGCAAUGCGACCAAUACAGCCGACAACAACGCUCAAGAGACCGAUGAGCCGGAGACCAACGGGCUGGACAUGUCCAUGUUCAUGUUUGAUCCUAAUAAUGAACUAGGGCUGUUCGAUUCCUUUAACGGGAUCGAUCCAGACGCGUUCGCUAGACUCUUGCACGGUACGAACAGUGAAGCCGAGCCUCAGACUGUUGACACCGACAACAACACCAAUGCCGAUGCAGGACUCGAGUCCGUCAAUGAUCAAGUUGGCUUGGAUAAUAGCAACGAAGACAACUCGAAGUCUUCGGCUACCAUUGUCAGCAGCCCUCAAGGCAACUUGAACGACACUGUCGCAGAGACCAGUGUUGGUUCAUCUUCUCCCAGCACGAGCGCAGGCGCUUUGUGCUCUGCCCCAUCCUUUGCCGAAAAUACAAGCGCGGCUGCAGCAGUCGACAACAAGUCUUUGUUGACUGGCGCAGGCAACUCGGGCGAUAUUUUAUCCAGUGUCACUGAACAUCUGAACAAGUCCCCAAACACUGCCAACAACCUUGAUUCCUCCUCGGUUGAUACAGGCAAUGGCGCAGUCAAUGGCGCAGUCAAUGGCGCAGUCGGCUCUGACCCUUCUGCUUCCACGGCAUCCAGCCCACUGUUCCCUCCUGACGGCAGCGCAGUCCGGGAGCCCACACCGCCAAACUUCAAUAUUUCCGACGAACUCACUCCGAACCCCUACUGGGACAGUCCCACUCAAGACACUCAAGAGACCUCUUUGUCAACCACUACCACGUCGUCUGAAGGUCGUAAGGAGUAUCAGUUCGUGCCAUACAAUCCUCAUCAAGAGACAACUGCGAGAGAUGCAACCACAGAGUCGAAGGCAAAGAGACAGCGCAAGGCUGGCUCUACCAGUCCGGCUUCUGGCAGUGGUCAGUCCCAUCUUUCUGCUCACCUCUCGGCUGUGCAAACUCCUGCGGACUCCAACAACUCGGGUAGCCCAUCGCACCCUGCGUCUGCUCCAGGCCGACUUCAGCAUGAUAACGCUCAUCAUCCAGUGGCCGAGUUUCAGUCUCCAUCAGGCUCAACUGGAAACAUUCGACGUCGUCUCACUGGAGAAGUGACCCCGACUCCUGUGGCUGGCUUGACCAAUGAUGUCCAUGGUACCCCUUCUACUCAGUCGAAUAAUAAUGUCGUCAACGCAGCUGGUGGUGACCAUGGUCCCCCUUCUGCUCAGUCGACCAACAAUGUCGUCAACGCAGCUGGUGGUGUUCAUGGCCCCCCUUCUACUCAUUCGACUAAUAAUGUCGUUAACACAGCUGGUGGUUAUGCGACCAACGAUGUCGUCAACCCACCUGUUACUCAAGCGACGAACAGUGCUGUCAAUCCACCCGCUGUUGCGGCUCAAGCGACGAACAAUGUCGUUCAUAUGUCUGCUGCUGGCCAGGGCCCACCAUAUCCACCCCCAUGGACAGGAAUUCCUGGCAUGGCCAUGCAAGUGACAGGAGAGAGCCCGUUCUCGCUUCCUACAGAUUCCUCUCCUACCCCAACCAUGAAGGGCAAGAAGAGAUGUGCAUCCGAAUCUCCAAGAGGCCUCCCUCCGACCAAGCGAGUCGAAAGAGAGACAGAAAGCGCAGAGGAAGACGGCAAAGUCGUCAAAGUCGGCAAAGACGAAUUAGGUCCUCCCACCAUCCUCAAGCAUGUCACUUCUGAAGACAGACAGAAGAUGUACUACGCGAGUCCCGAGUACAAUCUUGACAAGACUACGACCCAUUUCACUACAAAGCCGCCUGGAGACUACAAAUGGUUGGAGCGCAUCUAUGGAGAUCCUGAGGCUCCUCCAUCGAGAAUGUCCCAGAUUACAGGUUACGAGUUUCCUGUGCCCCAGGUCUCCGGCAUGAUGGCCCCUUACACAGAUCAGCAGGCCAAUGCAGAAUGGCUUGAAGAGAUGAAGCUAAAGGCUGAGAAACUCAAGAAAGAAAAGACCGACUUUGUUCAGCCUUAUGGAUUGAUUCAAAAGCAACGUGCAACCCAGGCCCAGGCUCAAGCUGCAGCUCAGGCACAGGUGCAGGCACCUGGCAACAAUGGUCAUGCUGCUGCUGCCACUGUCGCGGCUCAAGCUCAAGGUCAAGGUCCAGUUCGUCCCCAGGUGCAGGCACCUGGCAACAAUGGUUAUGCUGCCGCCUCUGCUGCUUCUGUUGCUGGUACGCCAGCGCAGACGUCCCAGGAAGCAGGUCGCAAACGAAAACGGGCUGGUUCACAAGUCCAAAACGAUGGUCUGGUCCAGAACCCGACUCAAGUCCAGCCAAUGGCCCAAGGUCCGAUUCAGGCUCAAGCUUAUGCUCCGGUCCAAGGGCAACCACAGUUCUACCCUCCCCAGAACUACGUGGCUGCUAAGGCACAUGGUGGUCAUCCAGGAACCCCGGCUCCGCUCGAAGCUGGAGGCUAUCCCCAGUUACAACAACAAGUUCAUGGUCAGACUUACGCUACGGUCCAGGCGAAUGGUGCCAUGCCGGCUCAAAACUAUGUCCAGCUUGCUGAUGGUACUUGGCUGCCUUUGCAAGCAUAUGCUCAGACUCCUGCGGGACAGGGUCAAGCACAAGUUUUCAAUAAUGGUCAACAGCAUGGAUUCGUGCAGGGUCACGGCCAACAUUAUAUUGAUACUAAUGCUCAGGCUGCUCAGGCUCAUGCAGCACAGCAAGCUCAUGCAGCUCAAAUGCAAGCACAAGCAUAUGCCCAGCAACAGCAAAUGAUCGCUCACGCCGCGGGCACACAACAAGGACAACGCUCAAACACUGAAACAGCAGCCACUCCAGCACCGCCUACUCCGGCGGCCUCUGGACGUGUUGGAGGUGGACGUGUUGGGGGCAAGGGUCAGGUCCAGAAACAGCCUCGGGCUCGAAAACCUCGCCUCACAAAAGCUCAGAAGGAGCAGCAGCAGAAGGACGCGCAGGCGCGUGCCUCUGCUGCCCAGGUCCAAGUGCAAUUCGGGCGAGCUGGUGGUGCUCCGGUUCAGAUCGACCAAGCCCAGGACCAGGCUCGAGCCUAUGCCGCUCUGGCUCAGGGCAAUCCUGCCUAUGCUGCUGCCCAUGCGCGUGCGCAAGCGCAAGCCAUGAAUGCAAACAAUGUCUAUGCACAUGGUCAGGCUCAAGUUCAACCCGGAUUCAACGGCCAAGUCGCACCUCAAGGACAUCAUGCCGCCGCCGCUGCACCAGCAGAGGUCAUUGUUAUUAGUGAUGGCGAGGACGAGCAGGCUCCACCCCCUGCUAAACGUCGCCGCAAGACAUCGACGGCUCGCAACCAGGCGGGCAUGGCAACAAAUGAACAGCUCUCCCGGUUUCAAGCACCAUACAUGGCAGAUUUGUUUGAGAACGCGCAAAUCGCCCCUGCUGUCGGUCUUGGCCUUGACCUUGGUGCGGUUGAUCCGCGAUUGGGCAACCAGCACAUGGCUAUGCAGAGUCACGCCAACCAGCACAUGAACAUAAACACGGUGUCGAAUGCGGGCAAUAACAUCGAUCCAAGCCUGCAAAUGGCCAGCACAGCUGCGGUCGAGAACCAGAAUGGUAGUGUCAAUGCCAGUGUCAUGAAUGGUCAGAACUAUGGUAACCCGCCAGCGUCGCUAAAUGAGCGACAAGAGGCAUGGAAGGGUGCCAAUACGAAUGUCAGCCAAGAUGCGAAUGCCCAGACAAACGUCAAUAUGGACGGGAGGGGUAUGAGCUCUAUCAACGGCGGCAACAACAUCGGCAAUGCCAUUUCCCAGGCAAAUGCCAACAAUUUGAACUCUAUCAAUAACGAUGGAUUGAAUGCUUUGAACGGCAGCAAUGUUGGCGAGAGUGUCGGCGUCACCACGAACGGUGCCGUCGCCUCGACCAGCAAUAAUGCCAACACUACUAAUGCCGGUUACAAUACCGAGCUUGCCACUACAGCAGCACAAGCUCAGGCACAAGCUCAGGCACAAGCUCAGGCACAAGCUCAGGCACAAGCUCAGGCACAAGCUCAGGCACAAGCUCAGGCACAAGCCCAGGCACAAGCCCAGGCACAAGCUCAGGCACAAGCUCAGGCGCAAGCUCAGGCGCAAGCUCAGGCGCAAGCUCAGGCGCAAGCUCAGGCGCAAGCUCAGGCGCAAGCUCAGGAACAAGCUGUACAAGCCCAAGCUGCAGAGCCACCUGUGGCCAAUGAUGCAGAUCUGAACACUGAUUUUAGCGAGUGGAUCAACUAUGAUCCCGACAACACCGAGGAAUCUGGUUCUUCGAAUGCAAAUGCGGACACAAGCUCUGCAAGCAAUUCUCAACACACCUCGUCCGAAGGCCAGGCCUCAAAAGAGACAGACCUGACAUCGAACCCAGGACAGGAAGAACCUACUGGUCCUUCUUCAUCAACUGGAGCUGAAGCCACCGCACAACAAGCACAAGCCCAAGCAUCCACUGGCACUUUCGACGUCAACGAACAACUAGACUUUGAUAAUCCAGGUGCGGAUUUUACCCUCGACCCGGCCUUCGACUUCGAUCUCGAUAUUACCAAGCCUAUUGAUUGGGACAAGGAGUUUGCCGGUUACUGA